GGCCCUCAGGUACGUCUUUCCAUGCUGUGUCCGAAUUUUCGGGCUUUGUGCGAUUGUCCAGCGAUGCGAUUGUUGGCUUGCACAUCUUUGUGAAAUGGGACUGACAGUCAUCCAGCCCACCACCCCCGAUUCCCACCUACCAGCAGCCCGCGCAAGCGGCCCGUCUGCCCAAUAAUGAUGUAUUCUUGCAGCAGUAAGUUGCCCUUUGUGUUCCCAGCCUUUUUGGACCCUUCAACUCAUAUUCAGGGGCUGCACGUGGUGUAAAUUGAACGGCCACAAUGCUGAAAGUUGUCCUAGCGCAAAUGAUCGGGAGGCCCAUAAUGAGGCUGUGAGGAUGCGGCAGCACCCACAUGAUCUCCAAGUCGCCGAGUUCUCGCGAGAUCCGUUACAGUAUAGCUACUCUCCGGAGGAGAUCAACAGCCAUCAAGAGCGAGUUGCGGCGCGCGAGGCAGCCGCGAGACCUGUUAAAGAGGCCAAUACCAAAGCCAAAGCGGACAAUGCUUAUACGGCAGCAGGUGAUACGUAUAGCGAACCAUACGUUCCUCAAGAUGCAGGAGACCGCCGUCAAACGCCAAGAGAUGGGCCAGUGAGGUAUGCGUCUCUCGGAGAACCAGGGCAGCUCUUUCCGCCGCUGAGGCCGGACUUGGAAGUGAUUCCCCCUGACUCCCCACGUCAACCACGCCCACGUCCACCACCGCCGCCUCCACGGCCCCGUCCGCAACCACAGCCGCCUAACCCACCUCCUCCAUCCCCUGCUAAGGGACAGGCCUUGCCGAAAGCCACUGGACCGCCGCGAGAAUGCGAGGAGCCUGAAGAGGCUUCCACUGACGAUUCCCGCCAACCUCACCAGCGCCCUCCUCCUCCGCUGCUUCCCCGCCCCCGGUCACAACCACAUCCUCCGAACCCACCUCAAUCCCUGGCUCGACAAGGGGCUUUUCCGGAAGCGAGGGGGCCACCACCUAACUGUGAGCUUCCUGAUAUUCCAGGAAGUACGCAGUCGCUGCAUGAUGGAAGUCCAAAAUUGCCAAUCCUUAGAUCUGCCGAAGCCGAAGAAUCUCAAAUCGGAGACACGACUGGGCAAACAGUCCCAGUCGAGGUGCCGACGGAUGCAGCUUUGAGAGAACAAGUGGUUCGAGCUAGACGGAGUGAGGUUGCAAGUGUACAGCGAGAAGAGCCGUACCGAGACUCUGUUUUGUACGGAGGGCUGAACUCAGCGUUCGACACCUAUCAUCAGUCCCUAAGGCUGAUUGAUGCUCCGCCCCUUACUCCUAGUGUGCCGAGUACACCGGGCUCGGCACCUUCCCCCUCGUUCGGGACGUUGCCGGAGGAUGAGGAACGUCCUCUAAGUUUAGGGCAGAUGAAGUGGAGUUGGUUUUCUCAAGAGCCGCGCACUCCGAUCGAUGCAACGAGCAGUCAAGGGACAGGCCCAAACAUACCAGUGCAAUGGUGGCGCUCCCCUCCUCAAGUACCCAAAACUCCGAGCUAUGCAUCUAGUAGCCAGAGAGGCAAAACUUCUAGCGAUGCAACUAGAAGUCAAGGAAAGACACCAGCACGAAAACGUACCAGACUGACUCUUCCUUUCCUGAAGUCGGCUGCGGAUCCUAGUACGCAGCAGAAACCGUGGAUUAACAAGCGGUCAAUCUCCAACCCAAUUGGCCUUCCGAACCAUAAGAUCAAGAUUCGAGGGGAACACCACGAGAUUCCACACGGCUCUAGUCCUCUCACGCAGACACCCCGUGGGCAGCGCCCGCAUUUGAGGGCUUCGAGGACCACGACCAACCUCAAGGAAUCAGCGAGCGGACAGCCAAUGCCGUUCUCGUUGCAAAACAAUUUGAGGCGAACUCGUACCAGUGAGGCGCUCCGGGGUGCAGAACCGCCCCAGUCCUCUCAACCAUGGCCUUCCAAUCCUGUUCCUCCUCCGCCGCCAGCACAGUUAAGACGUGUGGUGACCGAACCAGAAGUUCCGGUCCCUCUGGAACCAUCCAGGCCAGUCGAGUUCUCUGAAAAAUUGCUGGAAGCAAUCGAUCAAGUAAUCAGGCAACGGGAGCUCAAGAUGACUCAGGACUUCCGGCGUGGCCUUACUCAGUCCACCGAGAACGCGAUUGCUAAGUUCAUAGAGAAUUGGGAGCAACAGCACGCCGGGGAGAACCAGCCCGGUCUGCCUGCAUCCCAAAGGUCAAUCGAGCCUCAUCCCGAAGUGGAGGGAAUCCAUAUCACUCCCGACUUUGGAGAAAGCCCCCGACUACUUCGGCCAGUGUCUUCGAUUGGGCUAAAUCGUCCAGUCCCUCGUCCCGCAUCGCCGAUUUCGUUAAAUCAACCAGCCCAUCGUCUGGCUCAUUAUGCACAUCAAUCAUUCCUCCCUCAUCCAUCACUCGCAAAUGGACAAGACUUGGAUGGAGGUAGGGAUAUUCGUCCGGCGCUCCGAAUAGCAACGGCACCACAAAGCUUCAAUCCCGGCUUCGCCAGUGGGACGUCAGUUCCAAGCUCUUCGCAAAACCGUGGUCCACCGCCUGCUUCCCUUCCUUACGACCCCCUGUAUGAUGAGGAGAGAGAAUAUUUUCCAGUUCAGUCACCCAUCCCGAGACAUUGUGCAGCCAUCCAUCGAGCUGGCGGUCAUGGGUUCACUUUCGACCAGCUGUACGAUGAGGAUCAAGAGUCUGCAGUUCCGGCACCCCUUCCGAGCCCAUUCGCGGCCAACCCUGCAACUGGGACUCGGGCGCUGUCCGACCCUCAAUACGACGGGGAGGAUUGGGAUGGUCCCGAAGAGUUGUCGCUGGACCUUACUCGAGGAUCUCCGGUUCGUAGGCCGCGUUUCGUAGUGGAACAACCCGAUGAAUAUCGUUCUCCCACACCAAUUGAUCGCGAGCGUACGCCACGGCCAUCCAUCGCUCAGCAGCGAGCCUUCGCACAAGUUGAGCCUGCCACGCCAAGUCAUCCAUUGGAGACUGCAUCAACGACACCACUCGGUUCACCCUUCGCACCGCGACAGUAUGAAUUUGAUUCCAGCAGUGAUUCCGAGUCCGAAGGGGAGAAGACACCGCGUGCAUCUCAACAGAAUCUUCGCCCAAGUGGAAUUCAAGAGAUGCCGCCAUUUGACCCUGAAGCCGCAGAUAUUCCCCGCCCCUUAACAAUUUCCCGGGGGGAAUCUGAGAGCCCAACCUGGUACCGCAGUGUCGCACCACCGUCGGAUCAAUCCGAGUUGUCAAUCCCAAGAAAUCGCGGUGUUGUCCAGAGAGAUCCCCAGCCUCAGCCGUAUACGGCGGUACAUGAUAAUAGUGCUCCGAGUGGCUCUGAGACUCCGAUUCCUUUCCUUCUGAGAGGGGUCGGCUCUUCUCCAAAAGAGCCCCCGCCUCAGUCGGACACUCGUGUGCAUGGCAAUAUUUCUCCGAGUGGCAUUCAGUCUCCGUCACGCGUUCCGGGACGAUUCAGUGCUACUCCACGUAACGAACAGCCCCGUUCAGCCAAUCUUGCCCAACAUCGCGAAGCCAUUCAGCCAAGCUCCGAUGAGUCGCGCGGUGCAUAUGAGCCAUGGUUCAAACCGUUCACAGAUAUUCCGGCUUUAUCUGACCGUUUUCAUCCACGAACCGACACUGAACGAAAGAUCUGGGAAGAUGUCGACAGGGAGAUCAUCGAGCGACAAGUCCGCACUGAUCCCACAGCGCGGGGCAGUCCACGAACUAGGAUGUCAUUCUGGAGAGGCGAAGGUGUUCCGGCUCCUGAAUCGCCCGCAACAAAUUCAGGAGGCCGAGAUGAGACUCUGGCGAAAUUGGAGGGCCGAUGGGUGGAGUCCACUGGAUCUAUAAUUCCACGUUACGUGUUCACUCCGCAGAGUCCCGCAGCAAAUAUAUCUCCUCCGGCAAUCCCACGAUUGGGGCGUCUGGGGUUGGCUCCGAAGCAAAACGUAGCGACCGGUGCGAAUGUGGGUGGCGGACAGAAUGCCUGUCCCGGGCAAAAUGUGUCCCCGUCGCAGAUUCCGAGGAGAAUUAUCCCUUCCGUACGGGGCACUCCUUCCACGCCGACCGUACCUGGGGCAUAUCCAGUUUCGGAUCCUCGUGCUGCGGUGCUGGCGUGGGCGGAGAAGCACCGGACGCCAGACCACAAGUUCACUCCACGUGGUCCGGUCGCCCCGGUUACCCCGUCCGCUCAAGCAGAUACACCUACUCCACAGGUGCGGGAUCAAAUCCCACGAUAUUCUUCAUUUUUUUCUGGACCCCCGCCGGAGCUUCCUCAGUCCCCUCUACAAGUGUCCAACAUCGUCGGGCCCACAAUUAUCCAUCCUCGACUCGGUACCCAGUCUGGUCAGAAUGCGCUGAGUGUUCCGAGUGUUUCUGGAAGUCGUGAGGAGGACCAGCCUAAACAGGCGCAAGAGUGUGGACUGACUGCGCAACGUGAGGGGCCCGAGAGCCGUGCAGAAGAUAUUCAUGACCAACACCUCCGUCACCGAGAUGUCCGCCAUCAACAUGGUGAGACCCAUCUAGGUCGAAGUGAGGGCCAGUCCAGAGAAAGUGACCUACCAGGCCGUAUUGUUGACGGCAUGGUGCACCCAGCUUUCCGGCGCCAGGGACCAGGACCAAUCUCGAACGAGGAAUUCUACGAAAUCAUGAACCUUCGAUUCCAGGAGACGAUGCGCGCCCAUCAGAUGUCUGCUCAAGUACCAAGUGCGGUGCGGGGUCAAGGUGCCACUUUGAGGCGUGAGGAAACUUGUCAGGAGGAUUGUGAGGUCGAGGAUCAUGAUUCGGAAUAUGAUGAAAGGCCGCUCCUCAGUCGUGGGUCGCAGUACUGGGAGCAAAGAAAAAAGCGAAAGGAGGAAGGCGCGAGAGAUACAGAAGUCGAAGCGUCCCCAUGAUGACGAAUCGGGUAUAUACACUCAACCCAUGCAAGAGUAUGGAGCAACAACGCAACGACGAAUGAUUGGAUAAGAGAACGAGCGAGCGAAUGAAUGCCGAUGGAUGUGCCUGAUAUCCAUGAACGGUGCCUUCACUCAUGGACAUUGUAUCCGAUUAACCAAUGAGUUUUUCGAGUGAAUCGAUAUGAAUUGCA